UCGAGACCCCGUCGCGCCAUAGUGACUGUAGCCGUGGAGACAGUUACUUACCAACGGCCGCAACACUCAGCAACAGCAGCAGCAGCAGCAUCUGGAAGUCACCGAGCGAGUGGGAGAGAGGGGAAAGAGAGCAGAGCCAGGGCAGAACUUUUCUCAAGGCAAAGCAUGCAGAGCUCCGAGGGAGGGUCAGACACCACGACCAGCGUGGCAGCGUUGCGGACAUCAUCUUCAGCUCAGGCCCCGGUGGUACAGCCUGUCCCAGCGUCCCAGCAGAGGGUGCUGGUUCAAGCUACAGGCUCAGCUCAGAAGGGAGGACAAGUACAGCAGCUUUCAGUACCCAGGGUUCAACAGGUCCCUCAGCAGGUGCAGCAGGUUCAACAUGUCUACCCGUCCCAGGUCCAAUAUGUAGGAGAAAGUGGAGAGACUGUUUACACUAAUGGAACUAUCCGAACAGCCUACUCCUACAACCCCGAGGCUCAGUUGUAUGGGCAGAGCAGUGGGGGAACCUACUUUGACUCGCAGGCCAGUGGAGCUCAUGUCACCACGGUGGUCUCCUCUGCCAGUGGUGGGGUGCCCCCUCAUGGCAUGGUGGGCAUCGCUAUGGACGUGGGCAGCAGCCACAUCAUCUCCAGCGGAAGCACCUACCUGAUUCAUGGAGGCAGUAUGGAGGGAAGCCGCAACCACAUAUCGCACUCAUCACGCUCCUCCUCAGCUAUGCUUGAAAUGGCGAUUGAAAACCUCCAAAAGUCUGAAGGAAUUGCAAGUCACAAAAGCAGCCUGCUCAACAGCCAUCUGCAGUGGCUGCUGGACAACUAUGAGACAGCGGAGGGAGUGAGCCUGCCCCGGUGCUCUCUGUAUAACCAUUACUUAAGGCACUGUCAGGAACAGAAGCUGGAUCCGGUCAACGCAGCCUCCUUCGGCAAGCUCAUCCGCUCUGUUUUCAUGGGCCUGAGGACCCGCCGCCUCGGCACCAGAGGCAACUCUAAGUAUCAUUACUAUGGCAUCCGGGUGAAGCCAGACUCACCGCUGAACCGGCUGCAGGAAGAUACCCAGUACAUGGCCAUGAGGCAGCAGCCUGUCCACCAGAAACAGAGGUUCAAACCUCUACAGAAGGUGGACGGUAUGUCUGACAGCCUGUGUGGGAGCUCUCAGCACUGUAACAGCACUCCAGAGCAGUCUGUGGCCGCUCAGAGUCAACACCACCAGCAGUACAUAGAUACGUCCCACACCUUGCCUCAAUUUCCCAACCCUGACUUGGGCACCCAGCCUCUGCCUGAGCGUAUCAACAUGAAUGAUAUCAAGAAGCUGCAGACACUCUACAGAGACCACUGCGAGGCUACUUUGGAUGUGGUGAUGAACCUCCAGUUCCACUACAUUGAGAAACUCUGGCAGACUUUUUGGUAUUCAACACCGCCAUCUAGUGACGGAAAUACUACCAUUCCCAGCAGUGAUGAUGAUCUGGAGGGUGUGAUCCCCAGAGAGAAGCUGGUGGCUCUGUGUAAAUACGAACCAGUCAGACUAUGGAUGAGGAGCUGUGACCACAUCCUGUACCAGGCUCUGGUAGAGAUCCUUAUCCCUGAUGUGCUGCGUCCUGUUCCCAGCACUCUCACUCAGGCCAUCCGUAACUUUGCCAAGAGUCUGGAGGGCUGGCUGACUAACGCCAUGACCAGUUUUCCUCAAGAGAUUAUUCGCACCAAGGUGGCGGUGGUCAGUGCGUUUGCCCAGACACUGAGACGUUACACCAGUCUGAACCACCUGGCCCAGGCGGCCCGCGCCGUCCUCCAGAACACCUCCCAGAUCAACCAGAUGCUCUCUGACCUCAAUCGGGUGGACUUUGCAAACGUCCAGGAGCAGGCAUCAUGGGUGUGUCAGUGUGACGAGAGUGUGGUUCAGCGUCUGGAGCAGGACUUUAAGGUCACCCUGCAACAGCAGAGCUCUCUGGACCAGUGGGCUACCUGGCUCGACAAUGUGGUCACUCAGGUCCUGAAGCCUCACCAGGGCAGCCCCAGCUUCCCCAAAGCUGCACGCCAGUUCCUGCUCAAAUGGUCCUUCUACAGCUCCAUGGUGAUCAGAGACCUGACCCUGCGCAGUGCAGCUAGUUUUGGCUCUUUUCACCUGAUUCGCCUGCUCUAUGAUGAGUACAUGUUUUACCUGGUGGAACACCGUGUGGCGCAGGCCACCGGAGAAACUCCUAUUGCUGUCAUGGGAGAGUUCAGUGACCUGACUUCUAUGAUGCCUUCACUCAUGGAAAAAGAUGCAUCUUUCUCUGAUGAGAUGAGUGACCUGGGCAGUGAUGCUGACGUGUCCAGAGGGCCUACUGAACCUGCAGUGAAAAGAGAGAGGAUUGAAAUGAGCCACCCACUGCAGGAGAUGUGAGUCUGGUCUGAAAGGGGCCGGAUUGAAAGCCACCACGACCAGCAUCUCUCCCUGAAAAGGUGACACUAAAGUGGCUUCGGGGCCCUUCGGGACGCAGCGGCUUUUUUGGGCCGAGCACACUGCGUCCUUCUGCAGUCAGUGUGUGCAAUGUACAUAGAGAAGAAAGUAGCAGUGUCAGUCCUCCCCUCACUAGCGUUUAUAAGGACAGUGAUUUUUCUUUCAGGAAGCUCACAUCUGUUUUUGUUUUGUUUUUUUUUUACUCACAGGGAUGUAACACAGGUCUGAUUUUCUUUCCGUUUUUGUUGCAACUGUGAAUGACUUUGUGCAGUACCUUUUUAUUGGAUGUGUAACCUUGAGUGGUGGUAUGUGGUGUUUGUGAGUCUUCUCUUUUUUUUUUUUUUAAUUUUUUU